AUGGCACCAACAACAGGCCUUGUCAACUCAUUCCUAGCAGCCAUCCAAGCCAGUCUGUCCGUCUUGCUGGUGAUCUUCUACGGCGGCGUGGCGGCACACCUCCGGCUCCUCACGCCGGCCAACACGAAGGCCAUCUCUAAGGUGUGCGUGCGCAUGUUCCUGCCGGCGCUGCUGGUGACCAAGAUCGGCAGCGAGCUGCACUCCGGGUCGGCGGGUCGGUACCUGAUCGUCCUCGCGUGGGCGGUCGUGUGCCACGUAGUCAGCUUCGUCGUGGGCGUGGUCGCGCACCUGUGGCUCGGCAUGCCGGACUGGACGACGGUGGCGCUCAUGUUCAACAACACCACGAGCUACCCGCUGCUGCUGAUCGGCGCCCUGGAGCAGACGGGCAUCCUGACGGCGCUGAUCACGGACCCCGAGAACGAGACGACCGCCGCCGCCGUCGAGAGGGCCAAGAGCUACUUUUUGGUCUUUGCGACCGUGUCGAGUUGCUUGACCUUUGCCGUCGGCCCGCGCCUGAUCGAUACCGAGCACGCGGCCGAGAGCGGUGACGGGGAGGCCGAAGAGGACAAGGAUGAUGGCGGCGGUCUACUUGGUGACGAGCGUAGUAACGAGGCGAAUGGUGAUGGUGCGCAUGGGCAUGACGGUACCAGUGGCGGCGGCGUCGUGGGAGUGACACGACGAGAUCUCGGUGAGGACCACGACCGCCACCAGGACGACAACGAGGGCGAUGAACAUACACGACUCCUCGGCGGGAGCGUACUUAGCGUGAGCACCCUGUCGAUCAAGCAGAACUCCUUCUUCCCGUCCACGAGGAGGGCGAGCGUGCUUGCUUGGGACGGCGACGAGGCCGGCCGAGGCCAAGCCACCGCGGACCUCAACCGUCGACCGAGCAUGGUCCCUCGACGACACUGGAUCCAUUUGACCCCGAGGACGAAGUGGUGGUUGUUGUUCGUUUCGGACUUUUUCAACGCCCCGUUGCUCGGUGCCAUCGUGGGCGCCGUCAUCGGCCUGGUCCCGUCGCUGCACAGGGCCUUCUUCAACGACACCUACGAGGGCGGCAUCUUUACCGCCUGGCUGACCUCGUCGUGGAAGAGCAUCGGAAGCCUGUUCGUGCCGCUCCCCGUCGUCGUGGCCGGGGUGUCGCUUUACACGGCCAUGAAGGAGGCGAGGAGGGCACGCUCCGACGGCAGGGAGGACGCCGGCCUCCCCUGGGCCACCGUCACGUUUAUCAUGAUCGUCAGGUUCGUCGUCUGGCCUGUCGUGUCCAUCUCGGUGAUUUACGCCCUCGCGAAGAAGACGGGCGUGCUGGGAGAGGAUCCCAUGUUGUGGUUUGCCAUGAUGUUGAUGCCAACAGGACCGCCGGCUAUGAAGUUGAUCACGCUCGUGCAGGUCAGCGACGCCGACGAGGCCGAGGAAACGAAUAUUGCAAAGCUCUUGACGCUGUCUUAUGCCAUAUCUCCCAUCCUGUCGUUCACGGUUGUCGGAGGACUGAGAGCUGCUCAGGCAGCCCUCUGA